GUACUAGCGAUGCGAACGACCAGGUUGGCAGUCUUGACCGAAGUAUUCCUUUGAAGAAAGACUUUUGGCAAGGACAAUGGAACAGACUCCCCCCAGUAGUUUAUAUGCGCCUAAAUCAGGAGCCCUUGAACCCCAAUCAUGAAGAGACUGCAACUGUCACUCCAUAAUCUCACCGUGGACAUAGACAGCAUACAGCCUCUACCGCUAAUCCGUCGAAGGUGGCUAAUUGUACAAGAAUCAAGGGCCUGCUUGCAGAUGAUGACAGAUGGACAGCAAAGAGUCUGAUCGAGGACAGUAAAAUGACUCCAUGCGACACGAGACUUUGAUGGUGGCUAGUUUGUGAAAGGCCUUUCAAAGGAUGGCGAAGAAAUUGCAGGUUAGCGACGUUUUUAGUGGCCAGUGAACGCCUGCGCCGCUGCCGCAACUUCAGACACAACCGUCGAACAACAGCCUCCUCACUUCCCUGAUACCAUCAUCUUCACUGCACCCUCUCUCACCUUCAGCCACCUCCAUUAUCAUCCUCAUCAACUCUUCUCACACCCUCUUCGAGACUGCUGAUCACCUUUGUUUUUUCUCGUUGCAUCCGCAUCUGCUUGCCGAGUUUCGCUUCGACUGCACAUCCUCGAGUCCCCUGUGCUCGCUUCUCCCAUCUCUGCCAGCCCUGUCCGCAACCUACCUCCCACGCGUCCUCGACUCGAACCUCCACGCUCUUUACGAAUCCGUUCCUGUGCAAAAAUACAUACUUGCUAUCGUACCGAUCGACGAACAAACGUCCACUGAGAGCUACGAAUACCACCGUCUUCGUGCACAGAUUGAUUGAAAAUCCCCAAUCAGGGGAUCUAUACCUUUCGAUCUUGGCCGAGCCUUGUACUGCCAUCUGCCCCCACAACAGAGCGACGGGAUCACUUGAUGGCUGCUUGCUCCUUUCCACAUUGUAUGCGGCAGCGUGCAUAGUCUCGACUGCGACUCAGGCCUCUCAACUGUUUUUCUUGUCCGUGCCUCAAAAGGCCCGAUAAGAGUCACGAUUCAAGUCCGAUUCUGGCUUCGCAUUGAUCAAAAUCAUUUGAAUUUCCCAGGAUUGUGUUUCGAAAUAAUUGCACGAAACAACAGCAUACUAAGACAAUAUGAGAGAGGUCAAUUUCAGCAUUCCUAAUGUCAAUAAGGCCUCUGUCCAUAUCACCCCAACCCUCUACGACCGUCGAGCGCUGGACUGUACCUCGACUCUACCCCUAAUCAACUCUCUCAACCAUCUCGCGUAUCUUACCACUUCCUCGGCUCGCAUCAGAGAUAUUCUGACAGUAGAUGGCGGGGUUGAACGUCUCAUAUGCGUAUUGAAGGAGGGCAGGAGCAAGGAUGAGAUGCACAUGUGGAAGUGGAACCUUGCGUUCCAAUGCAUUGUGAACAUAGGGGUCCGAGGUUCUGAGGUUGUUCGCACUCGAGUUGUCGAAGCAGAUAUGGUGCCGGUGAUUGCGACUAUCCUGUGGGACUACAUCUUGGUGAUCGAGAUGGAAAAAGCAAAGGCGGAUGCUGAGCAAGAAAAGCGCAAUGGCACUAAACAUCCUGCAGGUUCCCGAUCUAAACUUUCCCGCGAGCUCCCACAAGACCCCCUCUCAAGGACAUCUUUCCUGGAGCAUAUGAACGCUGCAGCGGAUCAGCGCUCUACCCGUCGGCAAGCACCUCCGCCGUCACUUGAUUUACCGCAAUCCUUUUCUCAGACCUUUGGCACCACAGAGACAGGCACAGCAGACGGCAAUGUGACUCCUUCCGGUGUCUUCACCUCGCCACCUGAACGGACUGUGUUCCCGAGACGCGAUUUUCACCAUCACACACGAGGCCAAGAGAGCAGAGGGUCUUUCCAUCGAUCUAUGAACAUGCAAGCACCUGCGACUGCAGUCCCUUCAAUGGAUACUUCCGAUGGGUUUUCAUUGCGUCCUGUACGCGAGGUAGACAGAUUACCUUCGAUGCUGCCGGCCUUGAACACAGGCAUCACUUCUCAUCCUGACCCACCUACUACGCCCUCCGCUCCUGUCUCCCGUGGACUGUUGUCCCCUAUCGGCCGCCGGAUGCGCAGACCCUCCAUUCGACACCAAAAUAGUACCUCUGCUGACCCUGAAGAUGUCAUGUUGGACGACGUACCGGGCCCUGGCGAAGACCUGCUGGACCCUGAUGGUCAGCCAGAAGGCCAAAGCAGAGAUCAGACUCGAGAUCCCAGCCCACACGAUCCAGGAGACUUAGCGGAGCGCCAACCAUUGACCUUGACUAUUCCUCCUCAACAAGCUCGAGAGAUUGACAAUGUCGAUAUUGCUCAGCAAACGCCAAUCCUCGCAGGCAUGACCAAUCCAUUAGGACCUGCAGCGCACGAACCUAUGGGCGCCUCACCAAUACCACCACCACCAACCACAGCUGCCUCUCCUGCAAUUCCGUUGAAUGCAUAUCCUAAUUUCUUCCUAAGAACCGCUACUGCGACAGCUUCGACGACCGCGUUGAUGCCUCGCGACGAGGAUGUAUUGAUGGGUCUGCAAUUGCUCGCCUACAUUUCAAAAUACUGUUACCUUCGCCACUACUUCCAGAAAACCCACCUGGUCCCCAGACUCCGAAUUGACAGGGAGGUCGAGAAGAUAUACGGCCCAAUGUGCGGAUGCCCGAUGUUGCCUGAGCCAACCGAAGAUGAAGACGAAGAAUUCCUCCAGCCUGAUGAUUACAACAUCUUCCCCUUGGUGGAGAAAUUCACUGUAAGACACCACUCCAAGGACAUGCAGUAUUGGGCCUGUGUGGUCAUGCGGAAUUUGUGCAGAAAGGACGAUGCUCGAGGAGGCAUACGCCAGUGCGCCAACUAUCAGUGCGGUAAAUGGGAAGAAUACACACGGCAGUUCGCAAAAUGCAGACGUUGCCGGCGAACUAAGUACUGCAGCAAGGAAUGCCAACGCGAGUCGUGGAGCAUGCAUAGGCACUGGUGCCACCUCGAGAAUAUUUAUCUGAACCGCCGAUCGAAUGCUUAAGCAAACAUGAAAACUGCAUAGCCACGGAGUAUUAACGAUUGGGUAUUGUUUGGCGUUUGCUGGUUAUUGAGUCUCGUCAGACACAGGGUUUUCGGUCCUCAAUGCCAAACGGACAGAAUGAGCACCCGCUAUGAUUGAUGUACAGCGCAUCGCGUUAUUGGACGAAGUAUGAUGUCCUUCGAGGUACAUAUCACUAAGGGACGAGCUGGACGAGGGCUUGUGACAGUGGAGACGAUGAAGGUGCUUUUGGAUUGCUGACCUAUGGACGUGUCUUGCGGUGACUGUCUGGCCACUGCACCUGGUGAUCCUUAUUGACUGUUAUUGACACAGAUGUGUAAUCUGACGACGUUACUACUGCACAAUGAUGAAGAAUCGAAUACUCGUUUCAAGAA